AGGACUGCAGCAGGACCUUGUUCAGGAUGAAAGGAAAGAUAAUCAAGGAUUUGGAGGAAAUCACAGAAGAAGCUGACUAUGUGAAUGCACCAGAAGGCCCUGCGGAUAAAAAGGCAACGCGUCCAGAGGACACCAAAAAAGAAGCUGCACCAGAAGGCACCGUGGAUACAAAGGCAUCCCCUCCAGGCCUGAGGUUUUUUCUUCCAAUAGCAGUGUGUUGGAUCAUACUGUUAGCCAUCAUGGGUCUCCGUAUCUACUUGACCUCUGAACUUUCUGAAGACAACGCCAAGCAGACUGCAGAGAUCCUGAACCUGACAUCAAGAAUCCAGGAGCUGGAGACAUGGAAGAAUCUCACGGUCUGGUAUGACAACCUGAUACAAGCCUAUACUGUCUUAGAAAGCAACGUGAAAAACCUGAACAAACUAAACCAGGAGCUGGAGACCAAGAAGAACAACUUGACACAGCAAAUACAAAACAUGGAGACAACCUCGAAUGAGCUCAACGUCAGUCGAGCUCAGUGGAGCAUCGAUUCCUACUGCUUAACAAAUAAGUAUAAAAAGUGUCAACCUUGUCAGGUUGAAUGGUAUCUCACUCAGCCCAGCUGCUAUGCGAUGAAUGACCCUCCUUCUCCUGGUUGGAUAACCUGGGAAGAAGCUCGAGAAGACUGCAAAGGAAAGAAUUCAGAUUUGGCUGUUGCACAUAAUCCUGCUGAAAAGAACGACAUCAUCGAUAAAUAUAGCCCGAAUAGUUCAGGAACUAACGGAUUUUGGAUUGGUCUGAGAGUUGAAGAUGGGAAAUGGAAGUGGGCAGAUGGAAGUGAUCUGACUAAUAGCUCCUGGAUAGAUCCUCCUGUUGACGGUCGCUGUGCAAUGUCUGUCAAGUUCAGAAACACAUGGUCAUCAGUGAGCUGUGAAGAGAAACAUCAAUGGAUCUGCCAGAAGAAGGCUUUAACUCUCUCUGUUUAAUCAAAGCAUUCAUACUAAGAAGGUUACUGGAAACUCUUUGAGAAAAAGAUGAAUUACUUGUGAAUAAAAACAAAUUCCAAACAAAAAAAUAAAACAAAAAAAGGAUAAAAAUAGUAAUUCCAGAAACGUUUCACAAACUCGAUACAAACAAUAAAACACAAAAGUUAACUCAUAAUGUGGAUUAUUUUAAAAUGGAUGUACUUUUAAUUUGACUUAA